GCGCAAUGUGUGUGCAGGAACAGAGGGCCAGCCUCACCCCCGGCACGUAUACAAGGGAGUGCCAUGGCCUUCCUUGUUCAUGACACACCACCCCAAGCUCCUGGUUCUACAUGGCGAUCCGAUCACCAGCGUUGCCGCUGCUACUAGCAGCGUGCCUGCUACUUGCACUCACCGGAAGACUGCGUGCCGAACCAUGCAUCGCGGUCUACUGGGGCCAAAACGGCUACGAGGGAGGCUUACGAGAAGCCUGUGCCACCGGCAACUACAAGUACGUCCUCAUAGCCUUCUUCAACCAGUUCGGCGGCAACCAAGAGCCGCAGCUGAACCUCGCCGGCCAUUGUGAUCCCAACACCAACGGCUGCACUUUCCUCAGCAACGACAUCGUCUCGUGCCAGAGGGAUUACAACGUCAAGGUGAUGCUCUCCCUGGGCGGCGCCAUCGGCAACUACCGCCUGGUGUCCAAGGAGGAAGCCAGGGAGGUUGCCCAAUACAUCUACAACAGUUUCUUGGGCGGCUCUUCCUCCAACCGGCCCCUCGGGAACGCCGUGUUGGACGGCGUAGACUUCGACAUCGAGGGAGCGAGCAGUGACCACUGGGACGACCUUGCUCGCUACUUGAAGGCCUACAGCACGCCGGAGCGGAAAAUUCACCUGAGCGCGGCUCCACAGUGCCCCAUGCCCGACUAUUUCCUUCAACCUGCGAUCGACACCGGUCUCUUCGACUACCUGUGGGUGCAGUUCUACAACAACUACUGCCAGUACUCCUCCGACAACGCGGCCACCUUUGAACAGAUAUGGAACCGAUGGACCUCCAUGAACGUAAGCAAGGUGUUCCUCGGACUCCCUGCUUCUCCUCAGGCGGCUGGAGGUGGCUUCGUUAGGCCCGCCGAGCUCGUUACUCAAGUUCUUCCCAUCGUGAAGAGGUCAGAAAAGUACGGAGGAAUUAUGCUGUGGAAUAGAUACCACGACGUUCUCUAUGGCUACAGUUCCGAGGUUAAGAACUAUGUGUGCUCGGAUCGUCUGUCCUCCAUCUUGUCCAUGCUGGUGAGGCCUUCCAUGAUGGUCUGAACUGCGUAUGUGAAAACGGUAUGGCGUUGCGUAUGUAAUCCGUAUAUGGUCUGUGUCUGUCUCAUCGUAUGUCUCCCAUCCAUGUCAACCGGAACUAUGUAAGCUAACUGCGUAUCAUGUAAUCUAUGCAUAUGUCCUCUUCUCAUAAUAUAAUAAAGAUGGUGUCAGUGAAGAUCCUCAUCA